AUGCCGUUCGCUCGCUGCAGCAUGGCAUCACAUGUGACGUUUGCGACAAAUGGCAGCAUCGCACCUGCAAUACAGGCAUCCGAGGAUCCUGCUUUGCUUCCACGGUUCGACAUUUCGCACGAUUUCGGAUUGUCCGACGUGUCAGCGUCAGAAGACAUAGCGCUCACCCGAACGUCCGAGUUCGAGCCUUUUGAUUUGACAAGAGCCGAAGUGCAACCGCCCGUUGUAAUCGACGAACGUAAUCUUCCAGAGCCAGCUGUAUCCGACAGUGUACUAACUCAGCCCGAAACCAUAGAAUACACCGUUGUAGACGCAGGAACCAAAAGAGGCAAACCAAAGCUAGUAUCCUCCGAUGGGUAUUCAUUCACGUUUAAGAAACAGACAAAGAAGCAAGCUGUGUGGCGAUGCAGCGUGCGACGGAAAGCGUUCAUGUGUACCGCGUCGGUCACGCAAGAGGGUGACAUAUUUCAAGCGAAAGGGACGCACACUCACGCUGCUGACCCUUCGAUGCGGAAGAAAGUGGAAUUGAAACGUAAUUUGAAGACAGCGGCCGUGGCUGAUGUGUUCGCGGCCUCCCGUAUACUGGUUGAUGACCAUAUGAAAGUUUUCGAGGCCACAGAUUUUAACCUGCCCAAGCCGCAGACAUUUACGAGCAUCCUCAACCGUGCCCGAGAAAAGCAUCGGCCAACAGAUCCAUCAUCACUUGACUUAGAGGUGGACACAGACUUCAUCGGAGAUGGUUUUCUACGCGGUGAUGUGCGUGUAGACGGGAACGUCACCUCAUCUUCGCCAGCGACGAUCAGCUGA